AUGGCGGGAGUUCAAAAAGUUUUUUUAAACAACUUAAAUAUCAAUAUAAAAAAUGCUUUAAUUAUUGGUAUUAUUAUAGCUAAGAACACUACUCGAUCGGUAGGUUCUAAAAAAAAGAGCGGCGAGUGUAGAGCAGUUAUGUCUUUUACUAUACGUGAUUCUGAAAUAGACACCAUAAACGUUGAUAUUUGGGGAUCUCAAUAUGUUCAUACUUUCUACGAAAGAUUUCUUGUCGGCGACGUAGUUGAAAUAUCGUCACCUAAAAUUUGUAUUAAAACGGGUGAUAAUGAAGCUUUCAGACCGCAGGUUACAUCUCCAUUUUACUUAUCUCUGAAUGAGGGAAUAUCAGAUGUAAGUGUAUAUGGAGGAGAUUUUAGCCAGUAUCUGCCUUUACUUCACAUACCAACUAAGCGUCACGCAGUCUGUACCGGCUUAUCCGAAAUAUAUACAUUUAAAGAAGAUAAAAAUAACACAUACAUUGUGUUGGUUGUGGUAAAGUCAGUUAAACCUAUAAAAAAUAUCAAGACGAAAGCAGGCGUGGAAAUGUCCGUGAGGGCUAUCGAAAUCAUGGACAACACAACACCUGCCACUUUAACGUUAGAUUUUGAUAUGGACACGAUUCAAAGAGCGGAACAGUUCCGUCCUUUGGACGUGCUGUUCGUGUCGGACGCUCGUGUGUCUUGGCGCGGCGGGCUGCGUCUGCAGGUGUGCGGGAAAAGCGUUCUCACCCACCAGCCUCACACCCCUGAAGCUAAGGCUCUUAGACUAUAUAUCAGUAAUCAGGCCAAUACGCGUGGAGGGGCGGCGGAGUGGUCGGGGUGGUCGGGGUGGGGAGAACGCGCGGUUCCAGCGACCGUUCGUCAGACGCGUGACAGACUUGCCACAGGCGGGAUGUUCUGUGCUGAAUUACAUGCUUUACUUACACAUCUUGAUUUAGACGAGUUUCUACCUUCAACUGACAACACUUUAGAGGAAUUGAGGAUUCGUCUGGCGGAUCACACGGGUGAACUGACAGCUGUAAUGCCGAUAAGCGUGUUGGAGGACGCUACUGGAUAUCCAGCAGCGCAAAUAAAGAAUAUGAAUGAAGAACAGAAGAGUGCUCUCCGUUGGAUCUUUAUGUUGGAACACUGUUACUGUAAUGUAUCCGUGACGCCGCCGCGUGUGGUGCUGUUAGCGCUGAGAAAAGCCACUGCCAGCGAUCCAAUACCAUUGUAUUAG